GACAAGGAGCAGGACCAAGGGAGCCCCCGGAGCAGCUCGCAUUGGGAAGCUCGAGGCAGCAGCGACGUCUGUUCCGCCCCAGUCCUCGGUCUUGCCUUUUUGUCCCUACUGCACAAGAGGAACGGAGAGACCAUCCCGUGGCUGCGAGGUUGGCACGAGACGGCGUCUUCCGUCCGUUCCAGCAGGUCCACGUUCCGGUCGCCCUCCGGCCACCAUGCUUUCCACCAGGUAAUUUCCGGCCUCCCUCUUACCGCCACCAUGGUCCAGUCCAUGGCUGGCCGGCCCCUCGCUGGCCGGGCAUAUAUGUACGUAUGCGUGUGUCCUUCCCUGACCCUCCACCAUCUCUUCCUCCUCACGCUCGCUCCUUCCCUGCGGCGGACUCCAUGGGGAGCGGAAGCAAGCUCCGGCUCUGGUGCUCGGCGUUCGCCUGCGCGCUGGCGUUCCUCGGGGCACGCGGGGACGACGACCAUCUCGUCGACAUUACCUACGUCGAGAGCGCCGUGGCCAAGGGAGCAGUGUGUCUGGACGGGAGCCCCCCGGCGUACCAUCUCGCCCCGGGCUCCGGCUCCGGGGUGAGCAGCUGGUUGGUUCAUUUCGAGGGAGGAGCGUGGUGCAACAACGCGACGACCUGCCUGCACCGGUCGCGCACCCCGUUGGGGUCGUCCAAGGAGAUGGCCAGGCAGGCUGCUUUCACCGGGAUCUUGAGCAACGCGUCGGAUUACAACCCUGACUUCUACAACUGGAAUAAGGUCAAGGUUCGGUACUGCGACGGCUCGUCUUUCACCGGCGACAAGGAAGAAGUUGAUCCUAGCACAAAUGUACACUACAGAGGUGCGAGGGUGUGGCAAGCAGUUAUAGAAGAUCUGCUCGCCAAAGGAAUGAACAAAGCUAAAAAUGCUCUGAUUUCAGGAUGUUCUGCUGGUGGACUAACUUCGAUACUGCACUGCGACAGGUUUCAUCAGCUCCUGCCAGCGGAUGCCAAUGUUAAAUGCCUUUCAGAUGCUGGUUUCUUCAUCAACGUGAAGGACAUUACCGGAGCCAACCACGCUGAGGCAUUUUUCAAUGAUGUAGUUGCAACACAUGGCUCGGCAAAGAACUUACCAUCUUCGUGCACUUCCAAGUUGCCCGCAGGCGUGUGCUUUUUUCCUCAGAACGAGGUGCAGCAGAUCCAGACGCCUCUGUUCAUUCUAAAUGCAGCAUACGACUCAUGGCAGGUACGGCACAUCCUGGUGCCAGAGGGCUCCGAUCCUGAGUGGCGAGGCUGCAGGGACGACAUAACCCAGUGCUCCACGAAGCAGCUCGAGACCCUGCAGGGGUUCAGGGACGAUUUCCUGGCGGCGCUGGGGGCGAGCGCGUCCGCCGGAUCCAGAGGGCUGUUCGUCAACUCGUGCUUCGCGCACUGCCAGUCCGAGACGCAGGACAUCUGGUUCGCGCCCGCUUCCCCGGCGCUCGGGGACAGAAGAAUAGCGGACGCGGUUGGGGACUGGUUCUACAGCCGCAGCGGGUUUCAGAAGACGGACUGCCCCUACCCUUGUGACUCCACCUGCUACACUAAUUGAUGCACCACCACCACCACUAGUGGUGCCUGGUCCGUCCGUGCUCGCAACCAACCAAUGGCCUUGGUUCUAUUUAUACAUUAUUACAGGAAUAAAAGGUGCAAGUGCCGGCUUCGAACAUUAGUUUACAAGUCUAGGCUAUUAUUCAUCAGUGGUUCCGAUGUUCCAUUGCGAUGUUGUCAAAUUUAUGUACGUAUUCCCUCCAUUCCAAAUUUGAACUAAAAUCAACCACGACAAAUAUUUUGGAACAGAGGGAAUACUAAUAUUUUGUCCGCUGUACUCGAGAUC